AUGAACCUGGAGGCCGAGGCAGUAGAGAUGGCCAUUGCCGUGGGGCUGACAGCGCCCGAGCUUCAGACUGGCGAGGAGGCCGGCCUGCUGCAGGCCAGAGCCGGGAUUCGAACUGUGCGGUGCAGGUCCGGCGCGCGCAUGCUCCGAGGGGGGGGUCAGGUCCGGCCCGCGACCACCCCGGGGCGCAUCCAGCGCGGGGGUCACCCAGCCCGGAGGGCGACGAGUGCCACUGUUGUCGUGCCUACCCAAGGGGUCCCUGUGCCGGGACAGUGGACGCGUAUCAGCGCCCCGAGCUCCCGCCUUCAAGGUGGGCCAGCCCCUGAGUGCGAGGACAGACCCUUGGCCUGCGGCGUGGGCCUCGCUGGGUCAGCGGGGAGCUGGUGUGGCCGCGAGGACGGGCCUGACACUGUCUCAGCCUUCCCCAUCCUCCUGAGACCACUAAUGGACACAGUCCAGCUGACGAGACCUUGUGUGGCAUUUCAGGAGCCAGUGACCUUUCGGGAUGUGGCCGUGAACUUCACGCCAGAGGAAUGGGGGCAGCUGGACCCUGCCCAGAGGACCCUUUACCGCGAUGUGAUGCUGGAGACCUUUGGGCAUCUCGUCGAUGUGGGGCCUGAGCUCCCCAAACCCGAUGUCAUCUCCCAACUGGAACAAGGCGCUGAGCUGUGGACAGCAGAGCAGGGACGUGACCAGGGAUGCUGUCCAGGCUGGGAGGACCGAGCUGGAGACCAGGUGCCAAGGAAGGGUCUCUGUGACCCCCAGUCGCCCAGCGUCACGGAGAGGACAGGAUUCCCGAAGGGUCCCCUGCAGCCUGCCGCGAUGGGAGAGCAGCCCAGCGAGGACCAGGGCGCAUCCGACGGGAGCCCGGGACGAGGGGGUGAAGGCAUCCCCAGCUCAGCCCCGAGUCCAUCGGAGGAGAUGCCGGCAGAAAGCCGCCCGUGCGCUCCCGACGGCAGCUCCUCGGGGAACGCAGCCCCCGAUCCCGACUGUGACUUGGCCCUCGACCCCGGCGUGGACAUCUUGCAGCUGGCCAAGAUGCAGCUGCAGCUGCAGCGCAAGCCCUUCUACUGCCCCGACUGCGGCAAGGCCUUCAACCACAACGCGCACCUGACGGUGCACCGGCGUAUCCACACCGGCGAGCGGCCCUACGCCUGCAAGGAGUGCGGCAAGGCCUUCAGCCAGAACUCGUCGCUGGUGCAGCACGCGCGCAUCCACACCGGCGACAAGCCCUACAAGUGCGCCGACUGCGGCAAGGCCUUCUGCCACAGCACGCACCUGACGGUGCACCGGCGCAUCCAUACGGGCGAGCGGCCCUACACCUGCCAGCACUGCGGCCGCACCUUCAACCAGAACUCGUCGCUGGGCCGCCACCGGCGCACGCACACGGGCGAGCGGCCCUACGCCUGCAGCGUGUGCGGCAAGGCCUUCUCGCGCACCACCUGCCUCUUCCUGCACCUGCGGACGCACACCGAGGAGCGGCCCUACGAGUGCAACCACUGCGGCAAGGGCUUCCGCCACAGCUCGUCGCUGGCCCAGCACCAGCGCAAGCACGAGGGCGAGAAGGCCUACGAGUGCCGCCAGCGGCUGCUGCUCCAGCACGCGGCCGCGCUGGCCCGGCGCGAGUGGACGCAGAGCCUGGGCGUGCAGGACGACAAGCCCUUCCGCUGCGGCCAGUGCGGCAAGGGCUUCGUCCAGAGCUCACACCUCAUCCGCCACCAGGUCGUCCACACCCGCGAGGGGCCGCGUGGGCGGGGGCGCGGGCGAGGGCGAGGGCGCAGCCGGGGUGCACAGCCCCUCGGGGGCCCGUGCUCCACGGACAGCCCUGUGGACAAUCAGUACCCCGGGGGCAGUGCUGUGAGUGGUGGGGGCACACACCCCCUCCAGAGCCCAAUCCCCAGGGACAGUCCGUCAGACUGUGGUGGUGCACCCCCCAUCCCGUUCACCCAUCCCCGGGACAGCCCCGCAGACGGUGGGGGGGCGCACCCCAUCCCGUUCACCCAUCCCCGGGACAGCCCCGCAGACAGUGGGGGGGCGCACCCCAUCCCGUUCACCCAUCCCCGGGACAGCCCCACAGACAGUGGGGGGGCGCACCCCAUCCCGUUCACCCAUCACCAGGACCCCGCAGACAGUGAGGGGGCGCACCCCAUCCCGUUCACCCAUCCCCGGGACAGCCCCGCAGACAGUGGGGCGCCACACACUCUUCAGUUCCCUCAUCCCAUGGACAGACCGGUGGAUAGUGGGGGCUCACCCCCCCUCCCGUUCCCGCACCCCGGGAACAGCCCCGCAGCAGGAAGGGGUGCACCCUCUCUCCAGAACCCACUCCCUCAUCCUGGGUACAGCCCUGCAGGUGGUGAGGGUCCACACCCUUUGUCAUUCCCGUACCCCGGAGAGAGCCCCAUGGAUGGUGGGGGGGCACCUCCCCUCCAUUUCCCCUACCCCGGGGAUGGUUCUGUACCUCCGGCCAGCAGGCCCCUGGCGGUGCUGGAGGUCCACAAGGUGAUGCAGGAGAAGCUCCUGCCUGACACGGAAGAGCUGCCUGCAGACAGAGCCCUGCUGCUGGACAUCAGGGAGUCCACAUCAUGUUACUUCACCUCAUGGACAGGUGGUGAGGGGCCUCAGGAGCAGGACUGGUGCACUCUGCUGAGGAAGACCCUUCACCUCGUGGACAGAGGCCAUGGGGGCUCAGGGACCAGACUCCCGGGCUGCAGCCAGAGUGGGAAGAGCCUGCAGGAUGUCCUGGACGUUUCUCUGGAGCCCCUCUGCAUGGCAGAUGUAGGGCUUCUCGCCCGUGUGGAUGCGCUGGUGCUCCACCAGGUAGGCACUCACGCUGAAGGCCUUGCCGCACGCGGCGCACUCGUAGGGCUUCUCGCCCGUGUGGCUGCGCUGGUGCUGGCUGAGCUGCGAGCUCUGCACGAAGGCCUUCCCGCACCGGCCGCACGCGUACGGCCUCUCCCCGCUGUGCGUCCGCUGGUGGGUGACCAGGGCCGUCUUCCACAUGAAGGUGCGGCCACACUCGGCGCACGCGUAGGGCCGCUCGCCCGUGUGGACGCGCUGGUGCUGGCUGAGGUCCGAGCUGCCCUUGAAGGCCUUGCCGCAGGACAGGCACUCGUAGGGCUUCUCGCCCGUGUGGAUCUUGUGGUGCUCGAUGAGGGUGGAGCUCUGGCCGAAGGCCUUGCCGCACUCCACGCAGCGGUACGGCCUCUCCCCGCUGUGCGUCCGCUGGUGGCGGAUGAGCGGCGAGCUCCAGCGGAAGGCCUUGCCGCACUGCGGGCACUGGUAGGGCUUCUCGCCCGUGUGGAUGCGCUGGUGCUUGCGCAGGUCCGAGCUGCCGCGGAAGGCCUUGCCGCACUCCCGGCACGCGUACGGCUUCUCCCCGCUGUGUGUCCGCUGGUGGAGCGUGAGCGUGGAGUUCUGGAUGAAGAGCUUACCGCACUCUGCGCACUCGUAGGGCUUGACGCCGGUGUGGAUGCGCUGGUGCUCGAUGAGGUUGGACCGGCACCGGAACACUUUGCCACACGCGCCGCACAGAGCUUCGCGCCCACCGGGGCCUGUGUGGGGGCCUGCGAGGGGGCCUGCUUCCCGCCCACCGGGGCCUCCGAAGGGGCCUGCGAGGGGGCCUGCUUCCCGCUAGCUGGGAUCUUCAAGGGCACCUGCUUCCCGCUUACCAGGGGCUGUGAGAGGGCCUGCUUCCUGGUCACUGGGGCCUGCGAGGGGGCCAGCUUUGGAGUCUGCUCUGCACUUGCUCCUGGCACAUCUGGCACUGGGCCCUCCUCUUCCACACCAAGCACCUCUUGUUUGACAGCGCUGCUGGGCAGCCUGGUGCCCUCACAGCCUUUUGCCCCAGAAGAUGUUUCCACCCUGCAUUCCAACUCCUCGCCCUUCUGGCUGGCACGCCCACCCCUCACAGCGGUGCUCCCACCGCUCACACACCUGCACUCCAUCCUUCACCCCUCGCCCCGGCACCUCUUCCUUCACACCGCACCCUUCGGCUUCUGCACCCAGCACCGGCGGGGCCUCCGCGCACCGCCAGCACCGCCCCACAAAGGCCAGUCCCGCGCACCCUUGAAGACUACAACUCCCAGCGUGCCGCGGGCGGCCCAGCGGCUUCCCCCACUUCUCACCUGGCUGGGCAUCGGCUCCUCUGAGCUGCUGUCCAGCAGGAGCCAUCAGGGUGGACACUGGCUGUCCGUUGACCUCCGGGCCCGUCUGGAUGUGCGUGAUGGGUCUCCCCAGGUAACGUCCUGGCAGUGCUCGGAGACAGUGUGCUGGCUGCACGUGGCCGUCAGGAACGUCUCCAUAUGGAGGACUCCCAGAGCGCCCGUCCUGUAUCCCACCUGCCUGCUGCUGCCCAUGGCUCUUCACAUGAGUCCUCUCAGCCUUGCGCCCUGGGAACAGGAAAGCUUCCUGCAAGUGAAGGUGGAAGAUGACGAGGCCGACUUCUCUCAGGGCCAGGAAUCAGGUGCGGGUGGCCACACUGCUCGCUCCGAGGCCGCCCGCCUGAGCUUCCGAAGCUUCCGCUACCAGGAAGCAGCUGGGCCCCUCGAGGCCCUGGCCCGGCUGCGCCAGCUGUGCCACCAGUGGCUGCGGCCCGAGGCUCGUUCCAAGGAGCAGAUGCUGGAGCUGCUGGUGCUGGAGCAGUUCCUGGGGGUGCUGCCCCCCGAGAUCCAGGCCUGGGUGGGGGCCCAGUCCCCUGAAAGUGGUGAAGAGGCUGCCAGGCUGGUGGAGGAUCUAACCCAGGUGCUCGACAAGAGAGGGUGGGAGCUGGGGCCCGAGCUGGCUGCGGCAAGCCCCAAACAGAACAAUUCAGAAGAGUCAUGGCCCCCAGACACAGUCGCUGAACCCCUCACAGGUGGGGUGUCCACGGGACCUGCUCAUGGCAGCACCUGUGAGCCUGAGAGCAGCACAGAGAGACAGGCAGGACCCCACGAGGCUAUAGCAGCCCAGCAGACAGAUUUCUGGAAAACUUCAGGUCCUGCCAACGAGGCCUUCACAGGCCGGCCUUGCUGUGGCGACGGUGCCUUGAGGACCAAUCCCAGCGUGUGUGCAGACCUUGACUCUGGAGAGAAAGCUCCUUCAGAAGGGAAAUCCCAUCCUCUGUGUGGUUCUGAGACUGAGUGUCCACACACAUACUUGGGGAUCAGGUCUCCUAAGUGUGGCCCCUGUGGGAAGACAUUCAGGAGCCCCUCCGCCCUUCAGGCACAUCAGAAGAGCCAUUCUCGGAAGACACCACAUACCUGCGGUGAGUGUGGGAAAGCCUUCAGCCGGAGCACUCACCUGGCCCAGCAUCAGGUCGUCCAUACAGGACUGAAGCCCCAUGAGUGCAAGGACUGUGGGAAAGCCUUCAGCCGAGUCACCCACCUCACGCAGCACCAGAGGAUUCACACUGGGGAGAAGCCCUACCGGUGUGGAGAAUGUGGCAAAGCCUUCAGCCGCAGCACCCACCUGACCCAGCACCGGCGGGUGCACACGGGCGAGCGGCCCUACGAGUGUGAGGCCUGCCGGAAGGCCUUCAGCCAGAGCACCCACCUGACCCAGCACCAGCGCAUCCACACGGGGGAGAAGCCCUACAGGUGCCACGUGUGUGAGCGAGCCUUCAGUGACUGCUCAGCCCUGAUCCGACACCUCAGGGUCCACUCUGGGGAGAAGCCCUAUCAGUGUAAGGUCUGCCCAAAGGCCUUUGCCCAGAGCUCCUCCCUCAUCGAGCACCAGCGGACUCACACGGGAGAGAAGCCCUACAAGUGCAGUGACUGUGGGAAGGCCUUCAGCCGCAGUUCAGCCCUCAUGGUCCAUCUACGGAUCCACGUCACAGUGCAGCAGUGA